AUGUCCCAGCCGGUGGCGACCCUCCCGGAAGAGCUCCUCAUGGAGAUCCUGGCGCGGGUGCCCUACCGUUCCCUCUGUCGCUUCCGGUGCGUGUCACCAUCAUGGCGGACCCUCUGCUCCGACCGCGGCCUCCUUAGACGGUCGCCGCAGACCCUCGCCGGCUUCUUUUGUGGCACUUCUCAAAACAUCUGCCACCUGCUUUUCCUCAAUUUUCCGGCCAGCAGGUCAGGCCAGCAGCCACUGGUCGAUCCAUCCCUCCCUUACCUGCACGGCGGCGGCUAUACCCAUGGCUUCAAAGUCAUGGAUUGCUGCGGUGGCCUCCUCCUCUGCAAGUGCUUCACGUCAUCUCCCCCGGGCGUGGAUUACGUUGUGUGCAAUCCGGCUACCGAGGAUUGGACCGUGUUGCCUCACACCGAGGAGCUGUGCCCGGAGAACAUCAUCCUUCUCGGCUUCGACCCUGCCGAUCCCUCCUGCUUCGUGGCCUUCGUGAUCGUGUUGGAUGACGACAAUGCCGGUGAAAUCACUGGAGUGGAGAUAUACUUGUCGGAAACCAGAAUAUGGACUUCAAAGCAAACUGGGUGGGCUCAAGAAACUAGGGUGCACCACUAUCAGGCUUUAAAUUCUCUCUUUAUGAAUGGCACUCUGCAUUUGAUCACUAAAGAUUCUUCUAUCGUCACGGUGGACACGGGUGGCAAGACUUGGCGGAAAAUCUCGAGGGCAUACCCUGGUUGGGAAUGUAUUGGGCAGUCUCGGAGAUGCUUGCAUGUUGUGGACAUAGAUCACUAUAAUGAUGAUGGAUUCCUACUCUCAGUUUGGGUUCUUGAGGAUGCUAGUGGAAAUUGGACUCUAAAGCACACUGUAAAUCUUUCAGAACUGAUAUGA